AUGAAGACCAAGGAGCUCUCCAAGCAGGUCAAGGACAAGCCAGGGAGCACACACAUUCCCCGCCUGCACUUGUUCAUGCCUGGCUUUGCACCGCUAACCACCAGGGGGAGCCAGCAGUACCGCGCCCUGACGGUGCCGGAACUCACCCAGCAGAUGUUAGACGCCCGCAACAUGAUGGCGGCGUGUGACCCGCGCCAUGGCCGCUACCUCACCGUGGCCACUGUAUUCCGUGGGCCCAUGUCCAUGAAGGAGGUGGACGAGCAGAUGCUGGCCAUCCCGAACAAGAACAGUAGCUACUUUGUGGAGUGGAUCCCCAGUAACGUCAAGGUGGCCGUGUGUGACAUCGCACCCCGCGGCCUCAAGAUGGCCUCCACGUUCAUCGGCAACAGUACAGCCAUCCAGGAGCUGUUCAAGCGCAUCUCGGAGCAGUUUGCGGCCAUGUUCCGCCGCAAGGCCUUCCUGCACUGGUUCACAGGGGAGGGCAUGGACGAGAUGGAGCUCACGGAGGCAGAGAGUAACAUGAACGACCUAGUGUCUGAGUACCAGCAGUACCAGGAGGCCACGGCCAAUGACGGGGAAGAGACAUUUGACGAUGAGGAAGAAGAGCUCAAUGAGUAA